AUGAAUAGAAAAGCAGUCGGCAUUGAUUUAGGAACGUCAUAUUCCUGUGUUGGUGUUUGGCAAAAUGAUAGAGUUGAAAUUAUUGCAAAUGACCAGGGUAAUCGUACAACACCAUCAUAUGUAGCUUUCACUGGUACAAAAAUUCUUGUUGGAGAUGCAGCCAAAAAUCAAGUUGCUAUGAAUCCUCAUAAUACUGUAUUUAAUGUUCAUCGUCUCAUUGGUCGUAAUUUCAAUGAUCAGGACGUCCAAUCUGAUAUGAAGAAUUGGCCAUUCAAAGUUGUAAACAAGAAUGGCAAACCAGUUAUCAAUAUAGAAUAUAAAGGAAAAAGGAAAGAUUUCACACCCGAAGAAAUUUUAUCCAUGGUAUUGACUGAAAUGAAAAAGACCGCAGAAGCAUUCCUUGGCACAUGGGUUAAUACUAUAAAAGAUGCUGGUUUGAUUGCCGGUUUAAAUAUACUUCGCAUUUGUACUGGACCAACUGCAGCGGCUAUUGCUUACGGAUUGAAUAACCAAGCUCAUGAAGAACAAAAUGUUCUUUUCUUUGAUUUGGGUGGUGGUACCUUUGAUGUCUCUCUCUUAACUAUUGAAGAGGGGAUUUUUGAAGUAAAAGCUGUUGCUGGUGAUAAUCAUCUUGGUGGUGAAGAUUUUGACAAUCCAUGUGAACGUGCGAAACGUACACUUUCAACAUCAAUAAAAGCUUCCAUUGAAAUUGAUUCUCUUUAUGAAGAUAUUGAAUUCUAUACCUCUUUGACGCGAACCAGAUUUGAAGAAUUAAAUCAAGAUAUAAUUAAUUCUACAAUGGAACCUGUUGAGAAAGUACUUCGGGAUAGUAAAAUUGACAAAAGUCAAGUCCAUGAAAUUGUUUUAGUUGGUUGUUCAACUUAUAUUCUUAGGAUUCAAAGAAUGAUAUCUGAAUUCUUUAAUGGUAAAGAACCAAACAAAUCUAUCAAUCCUGCUGAAGCCGCAGCCUAUGGUGCUGCUGUACAAGCUGCUAUUUUAUCUGGUGAUACUUCUGAAAAGACUCAAGAUCUACUUUUACUUGAUGUCGUUUUUUUAUCUCUGGGUAUCGAAACUGCUGGUGGUGUAAUGAAGCCAUUAAUUAAACGUAAUACUUCAGUACCUACUAGGAAAUCUGAAAUUUUUUCUACAUAUAAUGACAAUCAGUCUGGUGUGGGAAUACAAGUAUAUGAAGGUGAACGUACUCGAGUAAGAGAUAACAACUUGCUGGGAAUAUUUCAUUUGACUGGAAUUCCUCCAGCACCAAGAGGUGUUCCGCAAAUUGAAGUUACCUUUGAUAUUGAUGCAAAUGGCAUCUUGAACGUUUCUGCUGUUGAUAAAACAACAGGCAUGUCAAAUAAAAUUACCGUCACUAAUGACAAAGGACGAUUAUCAAAAGAAGAAAUCGAACGCAUGGUUACCGAAGCCGAAAAAUAUCUUGCAGCAGAAAGAGAACAAUAUGCACAAAAAAUAGAAGCACAAAAUUGCUUGGAAUCCUAUGCAUAUAACUUACUUAACGUUGCUCAAAGUAUCGAUAAUAUAAAGAAUAAACUUCAUGAUGUAACACAAAAAUCGGUUGCAUGGCUUGAGAAUAACCAAGAUGCAAGAAAAGAUGAAUAUGAACGUGAACAAAAACUACUUAAAGGAACUGUCGACAAAAUAAUGAAUAAACUUUAUAACGUAAAUAUUUCUUCAUAGCUUCCCUAAUUCAAGAAUAUUAAGUACGGUUUAUCUUAUACUGAAUAAAAUCGAAGGUCA